AUGCCGUGCCCGCCCGCCCUCGACGACACCUUCGGCCCCUCCGUCGCGCCCUGCCGCCGCUCAUUCGACUUCACGCUCCUCUUCACCGAGACAGUCCUCACCAUCCUGCCCGCGGGCCUGUUUGUGCUCCUGGCGGGACCAAGGAUAUAUGUCCUGCUGAGAAGAAGGAAACCGACGGGUGUGGCGCGCGGGUGGAGGUGGUGGGCGAAGGGGGCCACAAUAGCCAUCUACAUAGCCCUCCAAACCGCCUUCCUCACCACCACAUCCCUGCACCCACGCACCCGCGCCUCCAUCCCCGCCGCCACCCUCACCCUCCUGCUCUCCCUCCUCCUCCCCGCCCUCUCACACCUCACACACACGCGCAGCCCCCGCCCCGACGCCCUACUCACAACCUACCUUCCCCUACAGCUCCUCUUCACAUCCGCCCACCUGCGCACACUGACACUCUCCUACACCCCCCUCCCCACCUCCCUCGUCGCCGCAGGCCUGGCCACCUCCCUCCUACUACUAACCCUCGAGUCCCUCCCGCCCCCCACCCCGCUCUCCACGGCCCCGCCCCCCGAGGAAACAGCAGCCCCCAUCGCCCUCUCCCUCCUCACCUGGCUGCUCCCGCUCCUGCGCACCGGCUACCGCAGCACACUCACCCUCGCCACCCUGCCGCCGCUCCCCACCGCACUCACCACCGAGGCAAUCUCGCCGCGCCUCGCCGCAGCAUACAAGCGGGCGCCACACCGGCCGCUGCUGGUCACGGCGGCGGCGGCGCUGUGGCGGCCCCUGCUGGCGCCGGUGCUGCCGAGGGUGGCGCUGGUGGGCUUUACGUUUGCGCAGCCGUUCCUGGUGGCCAGGGUGCUGGGGUAUCUGCAGGCGGAGGGGGAGGGGGAGGGGGUGCAGACGGGGUGGGCGCUGAUGGGCGCGUAUGGCGUUGUGUAUGGCGGUAUUGCUGUGAGCACGGCGUGGUAUAAUUGGAUGACGUAUCGACUGAUGGUUGCGGUGCGCGGCGGGCUGGUGGCGCUGGUGUGGGAGAAGCUGCUGGUCGUGCCGGUGCCGGACGCGGGCGUUGAGAAGGCCGCCUCUGCCGCGGCCCCUGCGUCUGCGGCGGGGGAGAACGAUAGCCGCAGCACCAAGGAUGAGGCGGGGACAGGCGAGAAAGCCAUGUCAGAUUCCUCUUCCGCUUCAGCUGCAAGCACCGUGCAAGAGAAGGAGAAACAGAGGCCCGCCCACCCGCACCCCGACGCCACCAGCGCCCUCACGCUCAUGUCCACCGACACAGAGCGCAUCCUGUCCGGCCUCAAAUACGCGCACGAGCCCUGGGCCAACACGCUCGAAUGCGUCCUCGCCAUCUACCUACUGACACGCCAAGUCGGGCUGUCCGCGCUCGCCAUGGUGGCGCUGGCCCUCGUCUGCGUAACCCUCUCCACACUCGUCGCCGCCCGCAGCGCCGCACUGCAGACAACGUGGAUGCGCGCGCUGCAGGCGCGGGUCUCCACCACCGCGGCGACGCUGGGCUCGCUGAAGGCCAUCAAGCUGCUGAACCUCGAGGGCGCGGUGAGUACCGUGCUGCAGGGGCUGCGCGAUAAAGAGGUGGCCGCGGCGGGCGGGUUUAGGAGUAGCGUGGUGGUCAGUGUCGGGCUGAGUUAUGCGACGCUGAUCUUCAGUCCGGUGGUGGUGUUUGCGGCGUUUACGGGGGUCGCGAAGCGGCGCGGGCAGACGCUGGAUGUGGAGCGCCUGUUUACGAGUUUGACUGUCAUCGCGCUGCUGGCCGGGCCGCUGGUGCAUCUGUUCCAGGCGCUGCCGGCGCUGAGUGCGGCGUGGGCGUGCGCGGGGCGCAUCAGCGCCUUCCUGGCCGCCGACGAGGUGGCCGCAGCGGACCGCAGCGGCGCGGGUCUAGGUGACGGUGAGGUGGUGGUCGUGCGCGGGGGAAGCUGGGGGUGGCGCGGCGUGGAGGUUGUCGGCGGCGUUGAUGUGGCCGUGCGGCGGGGGCAGACGGUUAUGGUUGUUGGGCCGGUGGGGUGCGGGAAGAGCGUGCUUCUGCGGGGGCUGCUGGGCGAGGUGCCGCUGAUCAGUGGCAGCGUGGGUGUGCGGGGGCGCGUGGCGUAUUGUGACCAGGCGGCCUGGCUGGUCAAUGAUAGUGUGCGGGCGAACGUCGUAGGGCCCGGCGAGUGGGAUGAGGACUGGUAUCGCACUGUUGUGCGGGCGUGCGGGAUUGACGGGGAGGUGGCGGGCAUGGGCAGUGUUGGCAGUGGCGGGGUGGGGCUGAGCGGCGGGCAGAAACAGAGGGUUGCCCUCGCCCGCGCCGUCUACUCCCGCCGCGAGAUCCUCCUCCUCGACGACAUCUUCUCGGGCCUCGACCGCGCCACCGUCGAGCUGCUGUUUGAGCGCCUCUGGGGCUCCGACGGCCUGCUGCGGCGUAUGGGCACCACUGUCAUAUUCGCUACUCACGGCGUGGGCUAUCUCCGCUACUCCGACGCCGUCAUCGCACUCUCCGCCGACGGGCGCAUCGCGGAGCAGGGGCCGACCGCUGAGGUUUUGGCCGGCGGCGGGUAUGUUGCCGGCCUGAUGACGGGCACGGAGUCCAAGGCGGGUGACGAAGCGGAGGACGUAGAGGGGGAGGCGGCCACAGAGCAAAGGCCGGAGGCGCCGAAAGAGGAGGAGGAGGUGGAGGAGGAGAGGACGAGGGAUAGGGAUGUGUAUAAGUAUUACUUCAAGAGUAUUGGCAGGCUGAACUCGGCGUGCUUUUUGUUCGGGGGCGUGUGUUUUGGGGUGUUGUUGAAGUUUCCCGACCAGUGGCUGACGUGGUGGUCGAACUCGAAUGCGGCGCAUCCGAAUGAGCGCAUUGGAUACUACCUGGGUAUCUAUGCGAUGUUUAACGUUCUUGCCUUCAUCUCGCUGUGUGCCUGGGCAUGGCAUCUAUUCCACGGGGUCGUAGCAUCGUCGGGCAGGAAUCUACACCGGGAGUUGUUGAGGACCGUUAUGAGUGCUCCAUUCCCAUACAUCAGCCGUAUCGACACCGGUACCACCACAAACAGAUUCAGCCAAGACAUGCUCCUCGUCGACGGCACCCUCCCCCUCUCCCUCCUCAACACCGCCGCCGAGCUCUUCACCUUCAUCACGCAACUAGCCCUCAUCGCCGCCGCCUCCCCCUUCAUCCUCGCCGCCUUCCCCCUGCUCCUGGCCACAACCUACGCCCUGCAGCACCUCUACCUGCGCACCUCCAAGCAGCUCCGCCUCCUCGACAUCGCCUCCAAAUCCCCCCUCUACAGCAUCUUCCUCACCGCCACCACCGGCCUCCCCACCCUGCGCGCCCACGGCGCCACCACACACCUCACAGCGCAAACCAACCGCGCACUAAACACAUCACAGAAACCGCUCUACCUCCUCUACUGCGUGCAGGUGUGGCUCAACGUCGUUCUAGACCUCAUGGUCGCCGGCCUCGCACUGACCAUCAUCGCCAUUGCGGUGGGCCGCCGCGGCAUGCUCAGCACCAGCGCGGUGGGACUGGCGCUCGUCAACAUCACCACCCUCGGCGAGACACUCAAGAAUCUCGUCGUCUCCUACACCGCGCUCGAGACCUCCCUCGGCGCCAUCGCCCGCCUCGAGACCUUCUCGCGCACCACACCGCGUGAAGACGACGCCUCUGCCACCGCAGCAGACCCGCCGGCAGGCUGGCCGGGCGCCGGCGCGCCGGGGAUCGAGUUCGACGCUGUCUGCGCGGCGUACACCGAGGGCGGCCCGCAGGUGCUCACCGACGUCACGCUGUCGUUCCCGGCCGGCAGCCGCACCGCCAUCCUCGGGCGCAGCGGCAGCGGCAAGACCUCGCUGCUCGCGGCGCUGACGCGGCUGCUCGACCCCUCGUCGGGCACCAUCGCGCUGGGCGGCAUCGACACGCGCAGCCUGCGGCGGCGCGAUGUUCGCGCCGCGCUCAAUGUCGUGCCGCAGGACGUGUAUGCCUUCCCCGGCACCGUCCGCGCGAAUCUGGACCUGGCCGGCGGCUGCCCGGACGGUGAGCUGCUGCGGAUCCUGCGGAGGCUGGAGCUGGUGGGGGCCGGGCGGCCGCUGGCGGGGCUGGACGACGAGCUGGAGUGGGGGCGGUUGAGCGUGGGGCAGCGGCAGCUGUUUGGGCUGGGCAGGGCGGUCGUGAAGGCGCGUGAGCGCGGGGGAAGGGGUGGGGUGCUGGUGCUGGAUGAGGCGAUGAGUAGUGUUGAUGUUGAGACGGAAAGGGUGAUGGGGGGUGUGGUGGAGGGGGAGUUUGGCGGGUGGACGGUGGUGGCGGUGAUGCAUCGGGUGGUGGGGGUGGAGGGGUAUGGGAGGGUUGUGGUGAUGGAGGGGGGGAGGGUGCUGGAUGGGGGGAGUGUGGAGGAGGUGGGGGGACGGGGGAGGCUGGGGAGGGUGGGGGGGAGUUAG